AGAAAAAAAAAAAGGCGACAACGUUGUUUGAAAUUCGAAAAGAAGAGAGAAACACUCACAGUGGCUGUGCGUGUGUCUGAUCUCACUGUCUCUACCUCUUGGUCCUCUUCCCUUCCCUUCCUUUUCCUUUUCCUUCUUUCUUUACCUUUGCUGCCGCCUCACACAGAGAGUGAAAGAGGGGGAAAAACAAGCACUGGUUAUCCUCACCAUCUCCAAUGUGCUCUGCUAUGCGGUUCUUGAUUGUUUUCUUGAUGUUCGAUGCUGCUCUUGGUGGAGAUCCCUACGCAUACAUCGACUGGGACGUGUCUUUUAUCUCUGCGGCGCCUCUUGGUGUUAAGCAGCAGGUAAUUGGAAUCAACGGGCAGUUUCCGGGGCCCACUUUGAAUGUGACCACCAAUUGGAAUGUUGUUCUCAAUGUUAAAAACAAUUUGGAUGAGCCAUUUCUAGUCACAUGGAAUGGUUUACAGCAACGGAAGAAUUCUUGGCAGGAUGGUGUCUUGGGGACAAAUUGUCCAAUUCCUUCGGGUUGGAAUUGGACCUAUGAGUUUCAGGUCAAAGAUCAGAUAGGCAGUUUUUUUUAUUUCUCUUCCAUCAAUUUUCAGAAGGCUGCAGGUGGUUUUGGUGGAAUUAUAGUAAAUAAUAGAGAUGUGAUACCAUUGCCUUUUGGGAUGCCUGAUGGAGAUGUCACAAUCUUCAUUGGUGAUUGGUAUACCAGGGGUUACCAGGCUACAGUGGGACAGGAACUAAGGAAAACGUUAGAAGAUGGAACUGACCUUGGAGCACCUGAUGGAGUCCUCAUUAACGGGUUUGGUCCUUACCGCUACAAUGAAUCAAUUGUUCCUGCCGGAAUAGCUUAUGAAACUAUAAAUGUUGAGCCAGGAAAAACAUAUCGUAUUCGAGUGCACCAUGUUGGCAUCUCAGCGAGCCUGAAUUUUAGAAUUCAAAAUCAUAACAUGCUUCUGGUAGAAACGGAAGGGUCAUAUACUAUUCAGCAGAAUUAUACAAACAUGGACAUUCAUGCUGGCCAAUCAUAUUCUUUCUUGGUCACAAUGGAUCAGAAUGCGUCCAGUGAUUAUUAUAUCGCAGCAAGUGCUCGGUUUGUCAAUGAAUCUAUCCGGGAUGUAGCAACAGGUGUCGCUAUACUGCACUACUCUAAUUCUCAAGGUCCUGCUUCAGGCCCACUUCCUGAUGGCCCAGAUGAAAGAGAUACAUACUUCUCAAUUAACCAAGCAAAAUCAAUUAGGUGGAAUGUCUCUGCUAGUGCUGCACGACCUAAUCCACAAGGAUCCUUUAGAUAUGGUGAUAUCACUGUCACAGAUGUGUAUGUGUUACUUAAUACUCCUGCACAACUGAUUAAUGGACAGCGACGGACAACCUUGAAUGGCAUUUCUUACAUAGCCCCUACUACUCCCCUAAAGCUAGCACAGCAGUUCAAUGUUCCAGGAGUCUAUAAGCUUGAUUUUCCAAAUCGAAUGAUGAACAGACCUGCCAAAGUUGACACAUCAGUCAUUAAUGGUACUUACAAGGGAUUCACAGAAAUCAUAUUUCAGAACAAUGACACAACUGUUCAAAGCUACCACUUGGAUGGCUAUGCGUUUUUUGUUGUUGGGAUGGAUUUUGGAAUCUGGACAGAGAACAGCAGAGGGAUAUAUAAUAAGUGGGAUGGGGUUGCUCGCAGCACAAUCCAGGUAUUUCCUGGUGCCUGGACAGCAAUCCUGGUCUAUCUCGAUAAUGUUGGCAUAUGGAAUUUGCGUGCCGAGAACCUGGACUCAUGGUACCUAGGCCAAGAAGUGUAUAUAAGUGUGGUGAAUCCAGAGGUGAAUAACAAGACGGAGCUUCCUUUGCCUGAUAAUGCUAUCUUUUGCGGUGCACUCUCCAGCUUGCAAAAGGAGCAGUCUCACAAAUUUAGCUUUUCUGAUGCAUCAUGUGUUUUGUCCUCAAGUAACAAAAUUUUGAUUGGGCUUCUUCUUGUUUUGUUCCAUAUUUUGUUCUUCCCAUCAUAAUGUCUCCUUAUCCAGGAAUCAAAAGCCAAAAAUGAUUACCAAACAUCCAUCCAUUUUGUGGAGUUGCAUAUGUCAAGGACACAUGAGAUGUAGAGGUCUUCUUGCAAGUUGUAAGUCUGUUUAUGGGGCUCUCAAAUUCCUCUGGAUUGUUAAUUUGAGCACAAAUUCUCAGAUGAAUGAAUUGGUAUGUUGUAUCA